AACCUGUAUAGAGAAUUUUGAUUGCGCACAAACUACCUAAGCGCGCCCGAGUACAGAAAAUUACCGCAUGGCCAUGGGCACCUGCCCCGUUCGACGCGUAGUGACAAGUGGGUCCAGGCGGACAGACAAACGUCCCCCAAAUACGAGGAAGAGCAAAUGGAGACAAGAGAGAGGGACGAGACGAGGGGGGUCUGAUAUAUGUAUAGAGUCAUAGACGCGAAGUACAGUACAACGCGAAGGACUAACUCGCUUCGGCGUGGUUUGUAUGCUACGUGGGACUAGGGGAGUGGAUCGAGAAUGGGAGUGGGUUCGUUAAAACAAGCAGGCGAUUGGGAUGGGAGGGAUAUGGAUGCAAGAGAUGAAGGAACAAAAAAAAAAGGAAACAGCACACACUUCGGGUGGGGCGACAUUAUCAUGAUUGAGUGGGAUGGAAUGGGAUGGGAUGGGAUGGGAUGAGAAGGAAGGAAGGAAGGAAGAGCGUUCGCACGCGUGCGACUUUUUCCGGACGGCCCAGA